AUGAUUUGGGCGGAGGUGAAGGAGAUUUGGUCCCAGGGAGCGGGAGAAUACCUCUUAGAACCCUGGAACUUCCUGGACUUUGGAAUGUUGGCCAUCUUCCUGGGGUCCUUCAGUUCCCGCCUCUCUGCCUAUAACCACGCCCACUCAGCCCAACUAUAUGUCCACACACACCACACCCACCUCUCUACGCUGGACAACAUCACCCUUCCACCACACAUACACUACUACACACUGGGUGAGUAAACAUGCACAUACACACACACACACACACACACACACACACACACACACACACGACUUGGACUUGAGUCAAUCAAUCAUUGAAUCAACCAACCAACCAACCACCCCCCCACCCCCCCCCCACCCCAGCUCGUCUCUCCUGGUUGCCAUCUGACCCCCAGCUGGUAUCUGAGGGGCUGUAUGCGGUUGCAGUGGUGCUCAGUUUCAGCCGCAUCGCCUACAUCCUGCCGGCUAAUGAAAGCUUCGGACCGCUGCAGAUAUCACUGGGACGCACUGUUAAAGGUACGUACCUGACUAACUGCUAUUAUUGCAGCCAGGUCACCCAAGACACAAUUCAAUAUUUGACAUCCAUCCAUGUCUGAGGAUGUCAUGAGGUGACGUGGUAAAGCGCCCACUAGGGGCAGCAGUGAGCGGUGUUACCGUCCAGGUUUUCCGUUUCGCUAGAGUGUUAUGGACAGGGAUGGCGGAUGGGCGUGAGCAUCUGCCGCUUAUUCCGAAGUUUGCAAGUGUGAAUCCAGUGAUGUAAAGUUGUUUUUGGUCAUUUUGUUUUAAGCCUAUCCCAAACCUUAACCCUUACCUUAACCAACCAAUCAGAGUUAAUGCCUAACCUUAAGAAUUUUGAGUUAACGCCUGAACUGAACUCUAACCUUAAAAAUGAAAUCGGAGUUAAUGCCUAAACAUAACCUUAAACACUUCAAAAUGUUAUUCUUGGAACAACUUUGAAAUUUGACGUUUGAGAAACAUGGUUGAACGUCUAAUUCUGACAUGAGACUGUGAGAGCUGGUAGGUUUCUGGGUGGAUGUUCUACUCACUGCAUUCUCAAUUGGUGUUCAUAAAGAUUCAUUCUAAAGUGCAUUACAAUGACAUUUCUAAAGGAGGCAAAUCACUAGUAGGAAAACCUUUUGUCAUCAUUGUGAUGUCGUCAAAUUUACUUUACAUGUAGGAUAACGUUAACUAUAUAGCCAAGAGUGAGGGGAGAGCACCGGAUCUUAGCUAUCUAACUUUAGUAUUGCUAAGUAUUUUUGACGUACCUUGCUUGCUAAUGACAACAUUCUGUCUAAAGUAAAAUUGACGACAUAAUGAUGACAAAGUUGUUUCCUACUAAUUAUUUUAUUAUUACUGUAUUAACAUUGUCAUAUUUCAAGGCCAAUACUUUGUAAUUAAAACAAAACAAUCAUUAGCCUCCUUAAAGAAUGACUGAGCAUCACUAUGAGUCUUGAGAACAUUGAUAACGAUGGCGUGACGCGACCAGGUGACGUAAGAGCAAACCAUGAAUACUCCUUUGUAGAUGGAAUCGGAUGAGAACAGUAAAGGUCCCAACACAGAGCCUUGAGGAACACCACAAUAACCUCUCUGUUAAUCUCCCUGAUUAUAUCAUAUAUAACCCUAACACCACAAUAACCUCUCUGUUAAUCUCCCUGAUUAUAUCAUAUAUAACCCUAACACCACAAUAACCUCUCUGUUAAUCUCCCUGAUUAUAUAACUUUCUCACCCUUCCCGUGUGUGUGUGUUUGUUUGUGUGUGUGUGUGUGUGUGUGUGUGUGGUGUGUGUGUGUGUGUGUGUGUGUGUGUGUGUGCGUACGUUGCAGACAUCUUGAAGUUCAUGGUGAUCUUCAUCCUGGUGUUCCUGGCGUUUAUGAUCGGAAUGUUCAACCUCUACUCCUACUACCUGGGGGCCAAGCAGAACGACGCCUUUACCACGUAACACAUUCACACACACUCCUACUACCUGGGGGCCAAGCAGAACCAUGCCUUUACCACGUAACACAUUCACACACACUACUCCUACACAGAAACAACUUCCAUGUAGCCUUUAGCUCAGCAGGCUAAUUCAGAAGGUUUCAACCCAGUCCGUUACAUAGGGCUUUAUUUUCAUUAUAAUGGUUUUUAUUUCCACAAACCGUACCCCCCCCUCCCCCCACCACCCACCCCACCCCCCCAUCCUCCCCCAAAACCUCCCCCCCCCCCCCCCCUCCCUCACCGACCCCCGUCCCCCCCACCCCCCCGAUCCACAGCGAAAAACCCCCCUCUUCCCCUACCUCCCCUUCCUCCAACUCACAGUUUCUCCCCUCUGCCUCAGUAGUAGAUUUUAAACUCUUUUGGGGCCAUCCGCCGAUGAGAUUAAGUCGUGGAUAGUGGAGAAUGUUUAAAAACAUCCAAGAUGAGAAUAGGAGUGAGUUGUGUUUAAUUAAACCCCAAAUUUUCAUCGGUCUAUGAAACAAAUCUUCAGGAUGGGGCCCACACUUGAACUUCAAAAGCACUUGAAAUGGGGAAGCUGAAAAAUUAUUUUAACGUUUUAACCGAAGGAGAUAGCGAGAAGAAGCUGAAAAGAGCUUUCCCCGUAGACGUAUAUAUCUCUUAUGAAAACUAUUUAAACUCUUUCUUAAAAUACUCUUCUAUGGUUUAAAGGGGCGUUGGAAGUCAAAUUUGGGAAAGCUACGUUUCUUGAGAGGGAAGCCAGUCUUGUUUCAACCAUAUAUACGAUUCUGCCUGUCUUCUCUCCUCUCUCUCUCUCUCUAUCUCUCUCUCUAUCUCUUCCGCUUCUCUCUUUAUACUAUCUCCCUUUUCUCUAUAUCUGGUGUGUGGAGUUGCCGUCAACGUUCAACUUUGGCGUCCUGCCCGGUCUGACCGGUCAGUCCUCUAACUGGGCCUGGCUGCGUAGAGUGGCUGCUACAGGUACCCCCCCCCCCCCCCCAAAAACCCCAAAAGGAGAACAAGAAAGGUGGGGAAGAAAAAGAAAGAAAAAAAGGGAAAAACGGAAAAGGAAAAAGGGGGAAAGAAAAGAGCCAAGCACAAAACUACAAAAAAGAUGAAACGGCCCCGCUGAAAAAAGACGAAGAGGAACUAACAUAGGUAUCAUCUCUGUCACACUCCUCCCCCUCCCUCCUCCUUCCUUCCCCCCCCCAUCCCUCCUCAAGUCCGAGGAAGAGCUUUAUAGACCUCGUUUUGGGCGAUCUUCGGUUCUGAGGGGAGGUUGAAGUCGGUGGUAGUAGGUCAUUAUACAACGAUCACAAGUUCAUUGAGAAACAUCGGCUACGUGCUGUAUGGUGUUUAUAAUGUUACCAUGGUGAUCGUUCUGCUCAACAUGCUGAUCGCUAUGAUCAAAGUCUUACAGGAGAAGAGGUAA